AUGGAGUACGGCUCAUCUCCGUCUGGCUCUCCUUCAACCCCGACCAAACGGCAGUCAGAGGGCGUGCCCGCAAGGGUGAGUCGCAAUCCCAAAGCAGAGCGAUAAUUGCAUAGCGACGCCAAGACUCUUGACGGGAACUUGAUCACAGCGAGCAUCCGCCGUGUUCGAUAGCUUGAUUUUCGAGUCCAACCUCGUACAUGUCAAGAGUCUAGCUUCAGCCGCUGACACCUUGAUUUGCCCGUCCAAGACUCCCAAGAAAGAGGCGAGGAGCUCUACGACUCAUCGCAGUCCGAGGAAAGUCAAGCCUGAACCUCAUGACGAUCAACGUUCUGGACUCGAGGAGCAGGGACAGAGCAGCAAGCGUGGCGGAGCAAGGACAGCUUGGAAGGUCAGAAGAGGAACUUUCUGCCCGCCCGCAUAAGGCACGCUGACAUUGAGCCGUUCGUCUGCUUGCAGCCUUCGGAGAAAAAGGCACUUGUACUUGGCAUGUGCGAAGCCGGCAUGGCACACGUUGAUUGGACGCGCAUGAGCGAGCAAUGUGGUGGAAGGAGCACUACGCAGAUCAAGUCCUACUGGCGCAUGGUUCUGAAGAAUCAGCUGGAAAAGGUGAGGAUGAAGUGUGCAGGAGCUCACUGCGCAGAUUGGCAACUCACCCUUCUCGCUCGCUUUUCAUAUAGUCUCUCGACUCGUAA